CCUUUUCAAGAUGGCGGACGACAACGGAAAGAGUGAGUCGCCAGAACAAAUCAAGUCUCUACGAGACGAAGGCGGCGGCAUAGAAUUCGCAAAUCGCGAAGUUAAUGGGGAUAUUGAAGAGGGACCUGCGAAAGGAGGUAGUCAAUUGGUAUUGGGUAGCUCUAAAAAGAAGAAGAAAAAGAAAAAGGGAAAAAGCGAUGAAGGAAGUGACACUGCAGUUGAGUCUCUGCCAAGUCCGGCAGUUAACCUCCAAAAUCUGCGAGAGCUACAAAAGAGCUUCGAACGUUUGCGGGCUGCGGAAGUGAAAGCGCCCAAAACAACGGAAGAAGCUAUGAAAAAGAAGUAUCAGUUCUGGGACACUCAGCCGGUGCCUAAACUAGAUGAAGAUAUCAUUGAAUGUGGAUGCAUUGAGGAGGACAAGCCUGUUGAACAACUGAGACAAGAACCUUACACCCUCCCUCAAGGUUUUAUUUGGGACACCUUGGAUAUCAGUGAUGAGAAAGUGCUUAAGGAGCUUUACACAUUACUGAAUGAAAACUAUGUGGAAGAUGAUGACAACAUGUUUCGAUUCGACUAUUCUCCAGAUUUUCUUUUGUGGGCCCUUAAACCUCCUGGUUGGAAAAUGUCAUGGCAUUGUGGUGUGCGUGUGGCAAGUAACUGCAAGCUUGUAGGUUUUAUUAGUGCCAUACCUGCACAAAUUAGGGUUUAUGAACAGGUUGUCUCAAUGGUUGAAAUUAACUUUUUGUGUGUCCAUAAGAAGCUUCGAUCCAAACGAGUUGCCCCAGUGUUGAUAAGAGAGAUCACAAGAAGGGUGAACUUGGAAGGGAUUUUUCAAGCUGUUUAUACUGCUGGUGUUGUUCUUCCCAAACCAGUUGCUUGUUGUCGCUACUGGCAUAGGUCCCUGAACCCUAAGAAACUUGUAGAUGUCAAGUUUUCUCAUCUCAGCCGUAACAUGACCAUGCAAAGGACUGUGAAACUAUACAGACUACCAGAGGAGACAAAAAUACCAGACAUUAGUACCCUAACAGAGCAGGAUGUGCGCUCUGCGUAUCAAAGUACAGUGAAGUAUUUGAAGAAGUUCAGCUUAGCCCCAGAGUUCUCGGAGGCAGAAUUCAGACACUGGUUCACCCCUCGUGAAGGCAUCGUAGAUUCGUUUGUUGUCAAGGACGAAGAAGGACAAGUCACCGACAUGAUAAGCUUCUACACUUUGCCUUCCACCGUGAUGCAUCACCCAGUACACAAACAGCUCAAGGCUGCCUACUCGUUCUACAAUGUAUCACAAACUUUUCCCUUGGUUGAGCUGAUGCAGGAUGCGUUGAUUCUAGCCAAGCAGCGCGAAUUUGAUGUCUUCAAUGCUCUGGACCUUAUGGAGAACAAAGAAUUCCUGGAAAAGCUCAAGUUUGGUAUCGGCGACGGUAACCUACAGUAUUAUCUAUACAACUGGAAAUGUCCGUACAUGGAGCCCACGAAGGUUGGGCUUGUUCUGCAGUAAAUAUCGGAUUGUUCUGGUGCAGCAGAACAUCCUCUCGUAGACCUACUUGGCAUUUAAUCGAUAUACUGGAAACAACGAAAAUGCUUAGGAUGAAGAGGGACACUCUGUGAAGAAAAACAUGACGCUGGGGCGUACUCGGUGUAGGCCACGACGCAAAGAAGCUAAGAGUGGAUUUCUAAAAACAAUUGAUAACAACAGUGUAUUUAAAGCGCUGUAUCAAGCAUGCUGUAAGCUACAGACGUUAGGAAAAAAAAGUUUUUUUAAGUGUAUGCAUUUUGUGGGUAUUGCUAAAUCGGCUCAAUGUCGGUGUCUGAGUAACUGCGUACCUACCCCUCUACCCCGAAUAACAAGUGAGGGUUAAGUUUGGGUUAGGGGAGGGGUAAGUACGCACCUACCCCUCUACCCCUAAUAACAAGUGAGAAUUAAGGUUGGGUUAGGGGAGGGGUAAGUGCGCACCUACCCCUCCACCCCUAAUGACAAGUCAUGGUUAAGUUUGGGUUAGGGGAAGGGUAGAUACGCUGUCUGUUGCUCGGAUGGUGAAACUAUUUUAAAGAUUUUUGUUAUUAGCUUUUAGGUAGUUUCAUUUAGACUUGAUCACUAAUGAUGAAAAUAGCGUAGAGAAUGUUACAUUUUUCUAUGAAUGGAUUAAAAAGCUCCUAGAUUGCGCCUUCUAUGGAAAGCAGAUGGUAUUGGAGCACGGAAGCUAGUCUUGAAAUGACCCUUCAAGAAAUAGAACAGACUGGUAGGGAAUUGCACACUAAAAAGUUUUGAACAUGUGAGCGUUAUUAGACAUUUAAAGAAAAAGAAACAUGGCAGCGAACAAACGCAUGUCGUAGAUUGGUCAGUUUUGUGCAAAAUCAAGGUUUUCAAAUCUGAGUGUCGAAAAUAUCGGCAGUGUUGAGAACUUUUGAAGUUCAAGCAAACGAAAGUGUCCUGCUAUUGGUGAUAGUAACCUUGCGUGACAGUGAGUCACUUGGUGUCACGCAAAGUGGUUUGCGAUUCAUGCUGUCAAACCAGACAAACCGAGAACCACAAAAAUACCAUGGAACAAGUCGGAAGUUUGUGCAGCCUCUAAACGGACAGUUUUGCAUGGGAAUCAAAGAAGUAUGGGUCGUUUCUUUUAUUUCUUUGGAUGUGAGAUCGCAGAUUUAUUUGCCUGUAGCACAUUCUAUGGACAUUUGAUUUCCAUCUUAUUUACUUUCUAUUUAAACAGCGCUUUGAAUAAGGUAACGCCAAUUGUAACAGAAGGUACUGAAACGACAGUGAACUGAAUAUAUUCAAUUACUCGUGUUCUCAAGGUAUUGUGUACUUUGUAAAUUGCGUGUUGUUUUGUUUUGUUUGAGCUGCUCGCGCGUUUACCAAAAUGAAAUAUUGUCAUGAUUUUA